AAAAGUCCCAUUUAUUUUCACUGUUUGUGACGUUUUGUGGCUUGCUACGGCUAAAACAAUACUGACGUCACAUUCAUAGCAUAUCAAGACAGCUUUUUGAAAGAUUAGAUUGAAAUCGUUGGUGUAAAACCAGUAUAAUACGACGAUACAAUUGUUGCAGAUUCUCAUAUUCUGAUUUUAUAGAAAAAUGAAGACAUCAGCACCUCUCUCUCUGCUCACUACUGCUGACCCUGAUCCUCGUCGUGUCGACCUAAGUUACUUGGUCUUUUUGUUUUCCUUCUUUCAGAUGGCUGUCUACAAUUUAUAUAUCUUUGAUCGAAAUGGGACAUGUCUUCAUUACAAUGAAUGGAAUCGGAAAAAACAGUCCGGACUUGAUAAAGAGGAGGAAUUCAAGUUGAUGUAUGGGAUGCUUUUCUCCAUCAAAUCAUUCAUCAGCAGAAUGUCUCCGACGGAUUUAAAAGACGGGUUCCUCCACUUCCGCACUAACAAAUACAAAUUGCAUUUCUACGAGACGCCAAGCGGACUGAAAUUUGUCAUGAAUACUGAUCUGAGUGUUAGUAAUAUCCGCAGUGUUCUGCACCAAAUCUAUAGCACGAUUUAUGUUGAAUAUGUCGUCAAGAAUCCGAUGUGUCCAUUAGGAGAGCCCAUACAGAGCGAACUUUUCAAAAGCAAAUUGGAUGACUUUGUACGAGGGUUACCAAUCUUUGCCACAAAAGUCUCCUAGUUCUUAGACGAAAUGAGAAAGACAUGAACUGAAGUUUUCAUAUUGUGCUGUUCUGUGAAAAAGAAGCUCUGUGCAAUUGUUUCUUUCUCAUUCGCUUCUUGAAAUAGUAAAUCUACAUGUUGUAAUAUGGUGUCAAUUUGGGUCGGCCUCUGGUUGUCUGACACAAGUGAGCCAAUGGGCUAGAUAGUAUCAUAUCAUGUGAAUGUGACAUUUGGACUGAAAUAAUGUCUUGUUGGUGGAAUAGUUAUGGCAUGCUAAGUAUGGCUAUUCACUUGUGACCAUGGAAGACAAGUUUCUAAUAAAAGUUUGCUUAAACUUUCA